AAAUCAUGUAAUAAUAAGAGAUAAACGCUCCGUAUUGGUCCUUUUUGCGAAAACGCAAAGAUUAGAUAAUACGAGAUCGUUUCGCAAAGGGUGUAGCGUGAUUAGUUAUUAGGGAUUGGGAAAUUCUCAAACUGGGGGUAAAAUGGCGGGAGCGACCUCACCUUCUCAACCAUGCAUCUUCUGUCAAAUUGCUCGCGGUUCCACCUCCACUCCUCUCCUUCACUCUGAUGAUAAGGUCGUUGCAUUUCAAGACAUCAAACCUUCUGCUUUGAGGCAUUACUUGGUGAUUCCUGUGGAGCAUAUUCCCACUGUUAGAGAUCUUCAAAGAAGAAAUGAAGACUACGGUUUGGUAAGUCAUAUGUUAAAUGUGGGGCAAACUUUGUUACGCAGAGAUGUACCUCAAUCAAAUCAAUACAGAUUUGGUUUUCAUCAGCCUCCAUUGAACAGUGUUGACCAUCUCCACCUCCACUGUUUGGCUCUUCCCUUCGUACCUAGAUGGAAACAUGUAAAAUAUUUGUCUUUGGGAUCACUUGGUGGGUUUAUUGAAGCUGAGAAGUUGUUGGAGAAGAUAAAACCUUUCUCACCAAUUCCUUCAUAGGUGCAAUUGGAUCACAGUUGGAUUUCUCUCAUAUUGAACUAUAGAUUUUUUGUUCUUUUGCCUGUAUGUCUGUAAGUUCUGUAACGAUUCAUUGUUGUCUGUUCAAGAUAAGUAAUGACCUUAUCAGCUUAUUCUUUGUAAGUUCUACUAAGAAUUGUUGUUAUAUCUGAUAAGAGUUGUCACAAUUAAUAAGUUUACAUAAACCUUUUAAGAUGCAUUUUCAUAAAAAUUGCAGAUCUUUUCUUUUGUCAA